ACGCGAAAAAUGCAGCGGCAAUGUAUGGGUUUGUACACUAUGAGGUAUCGGUAGCGUUGAAUUUAGAUAUCGACGAUUUGCUUGUUGGACUGAUUGCCGAAAUCCGGGAAUCAGUGAAGCCAAAUCGACCCUCAUUUCUUGAUAAUGUUGAGAGCGUCAGCGCCGAGGCAGAAGAAGAGCCAAGUGAUUUUAAAGCUGCAAUAAGACGAUACUCAAAAAGAAAAAGAGAACAAAUGGGUGGUGCUGUUGAGGCAAAGACAAAUAAAUGCACUCAUUUCAAGAGCAACCUUAUUGAACGCUUUCGCAAUUGGAGGCGAUCGUUGCCCAGAUUGCAGCAGUAAGU